AUUAAAGUGCAUGUACCUGAAGAAGUAUCACAUAGUACUCAUGAAACAAUAAUUUAUGAACCCGCUAACAAAAUUAUUCAUCAUCAUCAACAUCGCAAAUAUCCACAGAAAUCAGUAGGUUAUCAAUUACGACAUAACCAACAUAAUUAUGUACUGGAAGAUAACUUAUUAGCAGACUUUAAAAAUCCAACUGUUGAUUCAAAUGUGGCAUAUAUAAACCCCGAUGAAUAUGGAAAAGAGCAUUUAACACAACAAACUGAAAUUUAUGAAUAUGAUUAUGAUAAGGCUGCAUAUAAAAGACCCGUAAAGUAUAUAAAUACCUAUAAAGUGAUCAAAUGUCAGGAACCAAUAAAAAGCAAAACUUUAUACCCACCACAUCCACACAAACACCAACAUAAGUCGAAAACACAUAACGAACUAUAUAAAUUUAUUGAGUCAAAAUAUCUGCCAACAACGGGGGAUGGACAUGAGCUCCACAAAUCAGCUGAUAGCAGAGAUCAUUACCAUUAUCCAGUCAGAACGGAAACAAAGUCUAUAAAACCGCACACCCAUACGAAAGUGGUUACAUAUCAAGGAAC